AUGUCUGAUCAACUUAGUAUUCAAGAGUCCAGAAAACGUGCAAGGGAGAAUGUGGAUAAACAUAAGAAAGUUGUUAUGGCGGUUGUAGGUUUUUUCAUGACUGUUGUUGUGGCUUGGUUUGAUUUGAGGUAUGAAGUAAAGGAAAUAACAUGGAAUCAACAAGAACGUAUGAAUAGACGAACAAUUUGGAUGGACACGUUGAUGAAUGAUAGAAUAUGUAGGGAGCAAUUACGUCUAGACAAACGUUGUUUUGAAAAAUUGUGCAAUAUUUUACAAUCCAAGGGUGGUUUAGUGACUACAAGAUAUGUUACAGUGAGAGAAAUUGUUGCAAUUUUUCUUCAUGUUCUUGCACAUGAUUUGAAAAAUAGAACAAUACAAGCAACCUUUGCUCGUUCUGGAGAGACUAUUAGUCGACAAUUUCAUGUAGUCCUUAAAGCACUACUCAAGCUUGGAAAGUAUUAUAUAAAACCAUGUAAUAACCAGAGCAAUUACACAAAGGAUACAAAGUGGAAUAGGUUUGAGGGCUUUGCUGGAGCUUUCGAUGGGACUCAUAUUAAAAUGACUGUGCCUACUGAGGAUCGAGCUCGCUACCGAGAUAGAAAGGGGGACAUUAGUACCAAUGUUUUAGCUGCAUGUGAUUCAAAUCUUCGUUUUACUUACGUUUUGCCUGGUUGGGAAGGUUCUGCUUCGGAUCCACGCAUUCUUCGUGAUGCUCUUCAAAGGCCUAAUGGUUUGAAGAUUCCUAGAAAUAAGUAUUUUCUUGUGGAUUUGGGAUUGGCUAACGCUAAAGGUUUUCUAGCUCCUUAUAGAGGUACGAGGUACCAUUUGAAUUUGUGGAGAGGCACCACUCCAACAAAUUACAAAGAGCUUUUUAAUUUACAACAUUCUUCAGCUCGAAACACAAUUGAAAGGGCUUUUGGGUUAUUGAAAAAGCGAUGGAGUAUACUUAGAGAUCCAAGUUUUUAUGAUAAAAAGACUCAAAUUAGAAUUAUCAACGCUUGUUUUAUUCUUCAUAACUUUUUGAGGGAUGAAAUUAUGGAUGAAACAAGUCUUAUUAAUGAGGUAGAUGAAGAUUUACUAAAUAUAGAGACAAUUGAUGAAGAAGAUGUAGAAGAUGAUUACAUUAUUAGUAAGCAAUCAAGUAAUGAGUGGAAAGUGUUUAGAGAUAAUCUUGCUCAAAAGAUGUUUGAAGAAUAUCAACUGCGAAGGAGACAUGUUACUUGA